GACCGGCCGCUGUUCCUCCCGAGCAGUGAGCAGUGCUGCAAAGUGGCUGAGGGACAGAGCAGCCGUUUAAGAGCCCAGCCCCAUGGCCGAGCCCCUGAGGGGGCAGCCUGGGGGGCGGGGCUCCCCUGCGGGGCCGCCCACGGGAGGUCUGCCACUCGCCGGAGCCCUGCCCCCCUCCCUCAGACCCUCCCCUUCUUGGGGAGGAAGAGGAGAAGGACUGCCAGCGGCAGGAGCGAAGGAGGAAAUAGGGCAGGUGUGCCUGGAAGGAUGGAGCCCAGCUCCAAGAAGCAGGGCUUCAAGAAGUGCCGGAGCGCCACCUUCAGCAUCGAUGGCUUCAGCUUCACCAUAGUGGCAAACGAGGCUGGAGAGACCAACCGGCGCCCCCUGGCCCGCUUUGCUCGCUCCAAAUCCCAGAAUGCACUGUGGAAUGCCAUCACAGCGGGCAUCGGGAUCAACGACAAGCGGGGGAUCCUCAUCGACCCACGGAACCCGGAGGAGAUACUGGCGGAUGAGCUGCCAGCGGUGGACAGUCCCGAUGCCAUGGAGAAGACCGCCAUCAGGCGAAAAUACAAGAAGACGUCACAGAGGUAAGGGGCCUUGCCGCCCCCAUCUCCACCCACCUCUGCUCCAGAAGCAUUCCGAUUGGCUCUGGUGUCUC